AUGUUGCUCAAAUAUUUGGGCAACGUUAUACCACCACAUGAAUAUGAAAAUCGAGUGGUGGGUAUAGUCUGGUCACCGAACAAUUUAAAAUUGGCUGUUGCUUCUUCUGAUCGUUCUAUAUAUCUUUUUGACGAGAAUUGUGUGAAACGAGAUAGAUUUUCCACGAAACCUGUUGACGCGAAGUUUGGUAAGAAGAGUUAUGUAAUUAAGGAUAUAGCCUUCUCUCCAGAUUCAACAAAAAUAGCAGUUGGCCAAAGUGAUUGCAUAAUUUAUGUCUACAAGAUCGGAGAACAAUGGGGAGAGAAGAAAGUAAUUUGCAACAAGUUUCGGCAAAGUUCUGCGGUUACUUGUCUAAUAUGGUUGAUCGAAGGACCAAUUAUAGUUGGUUUAGUAGAUGGCAAGGUUCGGGCGGCAUUGGUGAAGUCUCAGAAGACUCAGACACUUUACACUGCUGAUUCAACAACAGUCUCGCUAGUUUCAAAUAUACGGGGAACUGGUUUUCUAUCAAGUCACGCUGACGGUAGCAUCAUAAAGUAUUAUUUGACUGACGAUGGAAAUCAUGAACCAUCUGGACGUAUCUGUACUCAUACUGUACCAGCAUAUGCGUUAGCUUGGGCUCAAUCUCAUAUCCUAGCUGCAGGAUGUGACAGGCGUGUAACAUUUUAUGAUUUUCGUGGAAAACUAGUAAAAACUUUCGACUACAGUCGUGAAAAUGAAAAAGAAAUUGCAGUAGCCUGUUGUAGUCCUAGUGGGCAGAGUAUAGCUAUUGGUUCCUGGGAUAAAAUACGAAUUUUGGACUGGAGUCCACGGCGUUCACUUUGGGAGGAAGCUAACACUAGAUAUUUGCCUAAUUUCUACACUGUCACAGCAAUAUGCUGGCGCCGCGAUGGCUCCAGAUUACUCGUAGGCAGCCUCUGUGGAGCUGUAGAGCAAUUUGAAACUGUGCUAAAAAGGACAGUAAUCAAAGGCAGUCACGAAGUAGCCUAUGUUGGUCCCAGCCAAGUGGUCAUUCGACCAUUACACGAGGGUAAUCGACCAGUAAUUAUCAGAUCACAGACAGGUUACGAAAUAGAGGACGUCAAAAUCUUAGGAAGAGCUGACAAUAAUGUGGUGGCUCGCACAACUAACACUUUACUCCUUGCUGAUAUAGAAUUGAACCUUAUCAGUGAAAUUCCUUGGGACGACAAGAGCAAUAAUGAAAAGUUCUUCUUCGAGUACCCAAGAGUAUGCCUAAUCUUCUGUACUGGAGAAUUAACUAUUGUUGAAUAUGGAAAUAACGAUGUGCUAGGAUCGGUGAGAACAGAGGCGAUCAACCCCCACGUAGUUAGUGUGAGAAUUAACGAAAGACAAGUUGCUGGGGCACCAGAGAAUAAAAGACUUGCUUAUUUAUUGGACCCCAGAACUGUUCGUAUAAUGGACCUAACGACAGGGCUCACUGUUGCAAUGAUUUCUUAUGAUGUUCGUGUAGAUUGGUUGGAACUAAGCGAAACGGGCCAUAGACUGCUAUCUAGGGAUAAAAGGGCAAGAUUAUGGCUGAGUGACGAACUAGGUGGAAGGAUAUUAUUAUUAACUGGAGUCAGUUUCGCUUCAUGGGUGCUAGGGAGUGAUGUAGUGGUUGCCCAAACAGGACAAACCUUGGCAUUAUGGUACAAUGUCGAUGCUCCUGAAGUAGCAACUCUGAUUCCGGUCCGUGGAGACGCUGUAGACAUUAUUAGGGAAGAUGGAAGGACUUCUGUCAUGGUAGAGGAACUCGGAGGCAAAGUGGCUUACUUGCUAGAUGAACCACUAAUAGAGUUUGGUACAGCACUGCACGAUAAUGAUUUUGGUAGAGCUCUGCUGUUCUUGGAGGAAUUGGCAGAUAGACCUCAAGCAGAAGCUAUGUGGGAAAAUGUAGCUAGAAACGCAAUGGCUGCUAGACAGUUAUUGGUGGCUGCAAGAUGUUAUGCAGCUCUUGGAGAUGUAGCCUGCUCCAGGUAUCGUUUAUAUAUGUUUCUUUUUUUCCUUAUAAAUUUUAUAACACUAAGUUAUUUGUUCAGAUUUCUAUCAAAUAUAAUAAAGAUUGGUGAAAAGUAUAGUGCAGAAACUGGUAAUGAUCCACUUUCAUGUCCUGACUGUUGGGCAAGGCUUGCAAUUCUAAAUGGCGAAUUAAAAACUGCGGAAGUAAUUUACUUGGAGCAGAAUGAAUUAGAUCAAGCUCUGGACAUGUAUCAGAAAUAUUGGCACUGGGAAGAUGCACUGAGUUUGGCGCAAAACAGAGGAUGGCCAGGUCUCCAAGAACUCAGAGACAAACAUCUAACUUGGUUACUCGAAAGUGGUCAAGCAGCCAGAGCUGCUGUUAUUUUGGAAUCCACUAAUCCUCGACGAGCAGUAAAGUUGUACUUAGAUGCUCGUCGACCUGGUCGAGCAGCACGACUUGUCUUGACUAAUGACGAACUGCUAGAAGACAAAUCAAUUGUCAAUGAAAUUGUAAGAGUUUUGAAGGCAACAGACUUGAUGGAACUGGCUGGAGAACUAUUGGAAAAAACUUCGGAUCCUUUAGAAGCUAUCAAAUGUUACUCUCAAGCUGGUGUAUUUGCAAGAGCAUUAGAAUUGGCCAGAAAAGUGGAUCCUACUUCAGUAGUUGAUCUUGAACGAGAUUGGGGCAAGCAUUUGGCUUCUGCUAGUCACUAUGAUGCAGCUAUUAAUCAUUUUAUAGAAGCAGGAGAAACUGCUCUAGCUCUGAAUGCUGCUAUCAAUGCCCGACAAUGGAGAAAAGGUCUACAGAUCAUACAAGUGAUUGAGGAUGAUGAUCCGGAGAUAAGGAAGCAAUGCGAAAAACUGGCCGAAUAUUUCGCCUCUAUAGGUGAAAAAAACCUGGCGGAAAAGUUAUUUAUUCGUUCUGGAGAUGCUAAACGAGCAGUAGAUGUUCACAUACAAAAUGGCAAUUGGAGUCGUGCUCACGAAGUGGCGCAGGAGUAUAUGACCCCUCAAGAAGCAAAUGAAAUUCUUACUAAACAUGCUAUAAUUUUCUCUGAAGCAGGAAACCUCAAACAUGCUGAAGAACUAUAUCUUGCUAUUGGUAAAUACGAUUCGGCGAUAGCAAUGUACAGAAAAGCUGGACGUCGUGCAGAUAUGAUUAGACUAGUAGCAAGAUACAGGCCAGACCUUUUGGAGGUUACUCAUGCACAUCUAGCUAAAGAACUGAAUGAUUUUGGCAAACCUCGAGAGGCUGAGGAGCAUUAUCUUGCAGCUGGUGACUGGAGAAGUGCAGUAACUGCUUACAGAUCAGCUAACAUGUGGGAGGAUGCACUUCGUGUGGCAAAACAAAAUGCUGGAGAGGAUGCAGCCCAACAGGUUGCUUUAAUAUGGGCACGUACACUUGCACCAGAAUUAGCAGCAAGACUACUGAUGCGAUUAAAAUAUUUAGACGGCUGUUUGCAGUUAGCUUGUGAAGCUGAUUUAUUCGACUGGGCUUUAGAAAUAGCCAAAUAUGGAAAUGCUGAUCAAAAGAAAGAGGUUCAUUAUAGAUACGCCAUGGCACUGGAAGACGCAGGUCGCUUCUCUGAGGCGGAGAAAGAAUUCAUCAAAGCUGGAAGAACCAUGGAAGCCGUUCAAAUGUACAUUCACACUCGAGAUUGGGAAGCUGCUGAAGAUGUAGCCCAAUCGAUCGACCAAAAUGCCGUUGCUCAAGUACUUAUUGCUAGGGCCAAUGAAGUAGCUGAAGCACAGGACUAUUCCUUGGCUGAGACUUUGCUACUGAGAGCCCAUAAACCUGAAAUCAUUAUCGAAAAUUAUAAAAAAGCUGGAAUGUGGUCCGAAGCAUUACGUGUUUGCAGAGAAUAUUUACCGAGUCAAGAAACAAAUCUUCGACGUGAACUGGGUCAAAAGAGUGCCUCUCUUGCUGGCACAAACGCAUUUGAGGAAGCCAGGAAGUGGUUAGAAGUCGGAGAAGUGCGAGCUGCUCUAGAUAUCUUGACUCUCGAUCCUCAAGCACCUAGAUCAUUUCUCAUCAAAGCGGCUGAUAUCUUGAUUCAUCAAGCUGAUCCAGAAACUGCUAUUCAAAUCGGAGAAAACCUUGGUUCUCGAUUAUUUGCUAUUGGAGAAUACGCUAUUGCUGCCCAAGUAUUCUUACAAGCAGAUAGACUGAAAGACGCAAUAGAUGCAUUAGCGUCUGUUGGAGAAUGGGAAAAAGCCAAACGAAUUGUAAAUGAACUGGCACCAGAUAUAGAACCUUAUCUCGAAGAGAAGUACAAAGAAGCAAUGUUAAGAGAUGGACAAAUAGACAGACUUGUCGAGAUAGAUACAGAUGCUGGACUUGAAAUAUUGGCUAAUAAGGGUCAAUGGAACCAAGUAUUUGAAACUGCAAGCACCCAGGACACACAAAUUUUGCAUAAAUAUGUGGCACAAAGAGCAGCACAGCUUCUGAAAGGAAAUGCUCCAUUAGAAGCUUUGCAUUUGUACGUUAAGUACGGUGCUCCUCCCAUUCCACAAAAUUUUAAUCUCUACUUGCAAUUAUCGGAGAGUGUUCUAAACUCUGAGGCUUACUAUGAAUAUAAACAUUUGGCUCUCUUACGAACAGUACUUUUAAAUUUUUGGAACAGUAUAAAAUUAUCAGAAGUUGAGUCAAAAUCUAAAUUUGGGAAACUGCUCGAAGCUACACACUACUCAGCAGUGAAAUGUGGCUGCCGCGACUAUCCUGUGCUUUCUGGUAUCGUACUGAAAGUCUCUAUCACUUUAUUGAGAUACACGGAUCUCAUUCUUGUCGAUCGAGCUUACUAUGAAGCUGGAAUCGAAGCACGUACAGCUGGAAAGAACACUGAAGCCUUUGUCUUCCUGAACCACUUUUUGGAUUUGGAAGAAUGCAUUGAAGAAGGUGAUAGUACUGUAUUAGAUGUUGACGAUUUGGCUGUAACAGACUUCCCAGUGGAAGUUCCUUUACCACAAACAUUAAGUUUAACAGUGGAACAGAGAGAAGAGGCUCGUGAAUGGGUUCUUGCUGUGUCCAUGGAUCAGAAAGUAGAACAAAUUCUCCCUACAGAUCAUAGAGGAGUAUACAUAGGAUCACUGACUGCUCGUACCAUUGAUUCUGGAAGCCUUCAACAUUGUAUCUUGACUGGAUAUCCUGUUCAAGGUCCAAUAAUUAGAUUUCCAGAGAGUGAGCAUUUGGCGGAUCGUGAUGAUUGGACAAAAUUGAUUAACACGGCGCGGCAAGCUCCUCAAAAUUCAAAUCUUAAUGAUAUUCUAGUUUUCAUUCAAGAAUGGUUUGGAGCAAUUCCCAGUUAUUCCUUUUGAAAACAUUUAUUGUUACUUAUUCGCAUUUCUUAGAAUAUACUGAAUAAAAAUA